GGUUUCAUACACGUAAUUGAAUAUCUGUCAGUCGCGUUGUGCAUUGUUUAAAGUUUCGACGAUGAUAAAAAUUGUUUAUGAAAGAAGAGUAGGGCAUAUAAUGUGAUGAGAAUUAUGAAAUAAAACAGUGUUGCAUCUGACUUUAUUUGUACGUGUUCGCAAAAAAAAAAAAAAAACGGUUCUCUUGACAGUAAGAAGUAAAAAAGAAGAAGAAGAAUAAGAAUUUGUAGCCAAUUGAUUCGAUCUUUAUUCUAUAAACUCUCCGGCCUUGUUAUGCUUUCAACUGUAGAUUUACGAUAUUCUGUUCUUCGUUACAAGUACAAUGUAUUAUUCUCAUCGUUUAUGUGCUAGAAUAUCAUUAUGAAUUCAGGAAGUGCAUAACCAUUGUGUUAUUAUAUUUUGGAGAGAAAAUACAAAAAUAAUGUCUUCUAAAAGUGAAGAACCCCUUGGGGAAGAGAUUAUGUGGCUGACAACAGCCGAAGCAGCGAGUCUUGGUGCUGAAGAAGUCGCUGCUCGAUUGCACGUUGAUUCGAGAACAGGACUUUGGUGGCAGGAGGCAGAUCAGAGAAAGCAAUUAGCUGGUUUUAAUGAAUUAUGUCUCAAAGAAGAGGAGCCGACGUGGAAAAAAUACGUCGAGCAGUUUAAAAAUCCUCUUAUUUUAUUAUUACUGGGUUCUGCAGUUGUUAGUGUUUGUAUGAGGCAAUUAGAUGAUGCUGUCAGCAUAACAGUGGCCAUAAUCAUAGUAGUGACUGUUGCUUUUGUGCAAGAAUAUCGUUCGGAGAAAUCACUAGAAGAAUUAAGUAAACUCGUGCCUCCAACAUGUCACUGCCUCAGAGAGGGUCGACUAGAAACAUUUUUAGCGCGGAAUUUAGUUCCUGGCGACGUUGUUUAUUUAAACAUUGGCGACAGAGUCCCGGCCGAUAUUCGAUUAUUUGAAGCAAUAGAUUUAGCUAUUGACGAAAGCAGUUUCACUGGAGAAACGGAGCCUGCACAAAAAUCAACGGCGCCAUUGCUCAAGACAGAUGAGCACUCUUCGAAAGGGAAUAUUGCGUUUAUGGGAACUCUUGUGCGAUGUGGUCACGGAAAGGGCAUAGUCAUAAAUACAGGAGAAAAAAGUGAAUUUGGUUGCGUUUUUAAAAUGAUGCAAGCUGAAGACGCUCCAAAGACGCCGCUGCAGAAGAGUAUGGAUAUUUUGGGAGCCCAACUAUCAUUUUACUCGUUCUUCAUUAUCGGUAUUAUUAUGCUCCUGGGAUGGGUGCAAGGCAAGGCGAUUCUUGAAAUGUUUACAAUUAGCGUUAGUUUGGCAGUCGCCGCUAUUCCCGAGGGUCUCCCAAUUGUCGUCACUGUUACACUUGCCCUCGGAGUCAUGCGAAUGGCAAAAAGAAAAGCGAUCGUUAAAAAAUUACCCACCGUCGAAGCUUUGGGUUGCGUGAAUGUGAUUUGCUCCGACAAAACUGGGACUCUAACGAAAAACGAAAUGACCGCUACAAUACUCAUUACAUCGGAAGGUUACGUCGCGGAUGUGAGUGGAACUGGUUAUAAUAAUGAGGGAGAAUUACGCAUUCGAAAAUGUGAUAAUGCCGAAUUAGCACGAACUGCCAUAAAUAAUAUGCUUGAGGUCGGUUGUGUUUGCAACAAUGCCAUCAUACAAAAUGAUACUUUACUCGGUCAACCGACGGAAGGUGCUUUAUUAUCAGUUGCCAUGAAGCAUGGAUUGUAUGGAGUAGCCGAGAAAUUUCUGCGACUCCAAGAAUAUCCAUUUUCAUCAGAACAAAAAAUGAUGGCCGUUAAAUGCUCCCCUAAAUAUGGAGAAAACAGAAAUGAAGUUUUCUUUGUGAAGGGAGCCUUGGAGAAAAUUCUACCACAGUGUACAAAAUACUCUGCAAAUGGACAAUUGUAUCAGUUGAAUCAAAAGAAAGAUCAGGAGCUUCUUGCCGAGGCUUAUGAAAUAGGACAACAGGGCUUACGAGUUAUUGGAUUGGCUCGUGGAUCGUCACUUCAAGAUCUCGUUUACGUGGGAAUGGUUGGCAUUUGUGAUCCACCUCGACCCCAUGUUCGUGAAGCCAUCACAACUUUAAUGAACAGUGGAGUCGCAGUCAAAAUGGUUACAGGAGAUGCUAAAGAAACAGCUUGUGCCAUAGCUAAUAUGAUUGGUAUAGACACAUUGCACAAAAAAGUAAUGUCAGGCAAUGAAAUUGAUACCAUAUCAGAACGUCAAUUAGAGGAUGUGAUCGACACUGUGAGUGUUUUUUAUCGGGUCACUCCGAAACAUAAAUUGUGCAUUGUUAAGGCUUUGCAAAAGGGAGGAAACAUCGUCGGAAUGACGGGAGACGGAGUGAAUGAUGGCGUUGCUUUGAAGAAAGCCGACGUUGGAAUUGCCAUGGGAAAAAAUGGAACGGAUGUUUGUAAAGAAGCAGCGGACAUGAUUCUCGUUGAUGAUGAUUUUCAAACAAUUAUUGGCGCCAUCGAGGAAGGCAAGGGGAUUUUUUACAAUAUUCGAAACUUUGUGAGAUUUCAACUCAGCACCAGUAUAGCAGCUUUAUCGUUAAUUGCUCUCGCGACUCUAAUGGGUAUUCCAAAUCCUUUGAAUGCGAUGCAAAUUCUUUGGAUUAAUAUUAUUAUGGAUGGUCCUCCAGCUCAGAGCUUGGGUGUCGAGCCUGUUGAUAAGGACGUUCUAAAUCAGAAACCCCGAAACGUGAAGGAACCAAUGAUCACAAAAGGUCUUGUUGUCAAUGUAUUAUUAUCGGCCACAAUUAUAAUCAUUGGCACUCUUUGGGUCUAUAAUAGAGAGAUGACAUCGGAUGGAAUCACGGCUCGUGAUACAACAAUGACAUUUACAUGUUUCGUAUUCUUUGACAUGUUUAAUGCCCUGAGUUGUCGUUCUCAGACCAAGUCAGUAUUUACAAUUGGCUUCUUUAGUAACAAAAUGUUUCUAGUGGCCGUGACUCUUUCGGUGGUAGGACAAUUGUUAGUCAUUUAUUUUCCACCUCUUCAAAGAGUAUUUCAAACAGAAGCUCUCACGACAAAAGAUAUUAUAUUUUUGGUGUCAUUGACGUCGAGCGUUUUUAUCAUUAAUGAAAUAAAGAAAUUAUUCGAGCGGCAGAUCAGUCGACGUCGCAGUGGAGCAAAGCAGUUCAAUAAAUUUGGUAUGGACUUUGUAUGACAUUUAAAACGCUCCAAAACCGAACCAGUCAAAAUUCGCGUACAGUGAAAAGACUACAAGACGGGGAGCUCUAUAUCAGUAUUUUGAAAAAACAAUUGACAUUCUUUAUUUUCAACAUUAAACUCUCAAGAAUAACAUUCCAGAUCGUUCUCAAGCAACGAAAAACUCGAAAAAAAGAAAACAAAACCAAAACCAAACUAAACAAAAAAAAAGGAAACAAAACUGAUUUAUAUACGAAUUUUGCACUAUUUUCAUAAAAUUUUCCUAUACAAUAAUAACAAUUCACUUCUUGCCGCAUUCACGGAGGGAAGUAAAAUGGCAAUUUUUCGAACAUUUUUCUCUCUGAAUAGAAGUAGUUUUUAAAUCACUGCGACGCACGAAAAAUUUGAUUCGUUAAAUUUUGCACUGUGCUUGCAUUUUUCUAUAGUGUCAUUUUUAUUGUUCAUACUAUGGAUGACCAAAUGUUUUACAUUUUACACUAUAUUAUAUAUAUAUAUAUUGUGAUAGUCACGAAAACUUGCAUCUCGUUGGAUUCAAAAUGAAAAUCAUUCGUUACUGCAAAUGGAAAUAUGUUUACAUUUUCCCUACUUUUGUCAAAUAUCGAAAAAAAAAUAUUUUUUCUAAGUUAAGAUUAUAUUUACUAAUUAUACAAUUUUUACAAGCUUUUAAAAUAUUGUCACUUUUUAAUUUUUAAAUCAAUUUAAUAGUAAAUUUUUAC